AUGGGAUCUGCAAGUGGGUUUUACUCAAACGAAGAGUUCGAAUUGGAUCCUAAAUGGCUCGUUGAUCCUCGUCAUCUCUUUGUUGGUCCCAAGCUCGGUGAAGGUGCUCAUGCCAAAGUCUAUGAGGGAAAGUAUAGAAACCAAACGGUUGCUAUUAAGAUUAUUAAAACCGGAGGAUCACCUGAAGAGAUCGCCAAAAUAGAUAGCCGGUUUGCGAGAGAGAUUGCAAUGUUGUCUAAAGUCCAGCACAAGAAUUUGGUCAAGUUCAUUGGAGCGUGCAAAGAACCAAUCAUGGUUAUAGUAACCGAGCUUCUACAAGGCGGUACAUUGCGUAAAUAUCUAGUGAACUUGCGGCCAAAUCGUUUAGACAUGCGUUUGGCUGUAGGGUUUGCUCUUGACAUUGCUCGCGCUAUGGAAUGUUUACAUUCCCACGGAAUCAUCCACCGUGAUCUCAAACCAGAGAAUCUGAUCUUAUCAGCAGAUCAUAAGACGGUUAAACUCGCUGAUUUCGGUUUAGCUAGGGAGGAAUCAUUAACCGAGAUGAUGACCGCAGAGACCGGUACAUACCGAUGGAUGGCCCCUGAGCUAUACAGUACGGUAACGUUAAGGCAAGGAGAGAAGAAACACUAUAACCACAAAGUAGAUGCUUACAGCUUCGCCAUUGUCUUGUGGGAGCUCAUUCUCAACAAGUUACCUUUUGAAGGCAUGUCCAAUCUUCAAGCUGCCUAUGCUGCUGCUUUCAAGAAUUUGAGGCCAAGUGCAGAAGAUUUGCCAGGGGAUUUAGGGAUGAUUGUAACUUCUUGCUGGAAAGAAGAUCCUAACGAACGGCCAAACUUCACGGAGAUUAUUCAGAUGCUACUCCGUUACCUUUCUACUGUUUCGCCGCCGCAGAUUGUUCCUCCUCCGGUUAGACGAGUUUUCUCUUCGGAGAAUGUAGUUUUGUCGCCGGAAUCUCCGGGAACUUGCUCUCUGAUGACUGUGAGAGACAAAGAUGGUUCUGGUCAGAGUGUUAACAUUGCUGAUUCGUCAGAGAAAGCAACGAAAGGAGGCUUCUUCUUCUGCUGCUCAUAG